UCUCCUUCUUCUCCACUAAAAAUUUUCUCUAUUUUUUUCCCGUUUUUAUUUGUUUGUUUGGUUUCUUUAAAUUCUCAAACUUCUAUACAAAUCUUUCUCAAUUCUUCUUGCAAUUAGGGUUUCCCUUUCUUUGAGAGGGCUAAAACCCUAAUAUCCCUCUCUUUGACUAAAGAGUUAAGCCUACUCUAUCUACUUUGGAAGCGAAAUUCAAAGGGUAAGAAAAAAAGCCCUUGAAAGAGGAAGAAAGAUACAAGAUCCUCAAAGAACAUAAAGAUCUAAAGGCAGGUGUAAGAAACCAAAGAAAAAAACACAAAUGGCGUCGUCAUCAAACUCAUACAACUCACCAUGCGCGGCGUGCAAGUUUCUUCGCCGGAAAUGCAUGCCGGGAUGCAUAUUCGCGCCAUAUUUUCCACCGGAGGAGCCACACAAAUUCGCCAACGUCCACAAAAUCUUCGGAGCAAGCAACGUCACGAAGCUCCUCAAUGAGCUCCUCCCUCACCAACGUGAAGAUGCAGUCAACUCUUUAGCCUACGAGGCCGAGGCACGUGUCCGUGACCCUGUCUAUGGCUGCGUUGGAGCCAUCUCUUAUCUCCAGAGACAAGUCCAUAGGCUUCAGAAGGAGCUCGACGCUGCUAAUGCUGACUUGGCACAUUAUGGUUUGUCUACGUCAGCCGGCGGAACACCUGGCAACGUCGUGGACUUGGUUUUCCAGCCUCAGCCGCUUCAGUCGCAGCAACCAUCUCCGCUGAAUCCUGUUUAUCGACUUUCAGGGGCGAAUCCGGUGAUGAAUCAGCUGCCACGUGGCACCGGAGGCUCGUAUGGGACUUUUCUUCCUUGGAACAAUGGUCAUGAUCAGCAAGGAGGUAACAUGUGAGUGUUUAUAACAUAUGUGUACUCAUCCUCUCAUCUCUCUCUUUCUAUAUAUUUAUGAGUGUGUGGUACGAAUACUACUAUAUUAUUUUUUUCAAUGCAUGCACUGUGUGGUACGAAUGUUUUAUAUAUGGGUGGGAUGAAUUUCCUGACGAAGUAUAAAU